CGUUCUUCCGUUUCUCAGACCUUCGCUUUUCUUAGCGUUCUACCCAGGAGGAUAUUUUGACAUGUCAUCCAACGUUGGUCUAUCUACUCCGCGUGGCUCGGGGACCUCAGGCUAUGUUCAGCGAAAUCUUUCGCUCUUAAAACCCCGCGACACAGGUAUCGGCGCACCCUACAGUCUCGAUGAGUCCACCCGUGGCCCUAAGACUCGCAAACCGGACCAGGAAAUCCUGAACCAUGAUAGGCUACGGGAUAUCGAAGUCAAAGUCCUCGAACUGCAAGAGAAGUUAGAAGAUGACGAGGUCGAUGAGGACAAAAUCGAGGCUGAAUGCGACAAGCUGCGUGAGAAGUUAACGGCAGAGAUGGAACGUAACAAGGACCGCCGCUCGGGCGGUAAGAGAAUGGAUGGCAAAGGUCUCAAAAGCUAUCAAGUGCAUGAACUGGCCGAAGCGAAAGAACGAGAGAGUGAGAGGCUUCGUAGAGCUUUAGGCCUGAAGGCUGGCGAAAUUUCAGAAGAUGGCGAGCACCCGAUGGCCAGACAGGAGAAGAGGCGCCGAGAAAGAGAAGAGCAGCAGCUGGAGAAAGAACAAGGCGAGCCCGAAGAAUAGACUCGCCCCUUGGACAUACCCACCGCCCAUUCUUGAGCACAAGUCUGGCGUAUCUGAGGUUUUAUUCUUGAGCGUUGCCCGUCACUUUUCGACGACUAGCAUGGACUGCGCUGUCUCGGGGGAAAGAUUGAUUGUCGCCAUAGAGGCUUAGAUCAAAUGUCUAAGGCUCCUGGCUGACGACCUGAUCGUUUAGUUGCCGGGACAUCUGGGUCCACUCUUACCAGGGCCGACUCGAAUCCUCUCGCUCACCCGGAAAAUGCCAGUACAGUCUCACCUUCACACCCUUGGUGUUGUCGACAAUUACCUCAUGCAGAAUUUCGAUGACACAUCCCCCCAGAAGGGUAGCAGACCAGUUCACUCAACACGAUGUUUCACGGUGUUUCAGAAGUCGAAGAUACACGCUGAGCAAGAUCUCAAUUCGACAAAGAAUGUUGGGUUGACUGCUUCAUCUAAGUGUUCUCUCCAAGGAACACUCGUAUGAUGCACCUACUGCAUGGUCAAGCGCGGGAUGGACACGGCCAACGACAUAUACAAGUGUAACUUUAGCCAUGGCUUGGGGGAUUCCAGAGCCUAGCUGAUGAUUAAUCAACAUCGCCACCAUUGAAUUUUAUGGGCAGUUAACAUGGCCAACGACCAGCGGCAAGUCAGAGUUGGGAACUCAAGAACUGAGGAGCAAGCCUCUUUCUUUCCUACCAUUAGAUGGAUGCUUCAGGACAAUCACAAGGCUUUCAACUUCACAUUUGUCCUGACUGACCUAGCUGGACUCAUCGAAAUCACGCCUUUACAGUCUUUCGAGUUCGCGAGGUAGACACAGAAUGAAUUCCUACGCAGAUGGCACAUGGUCCCCCGACCAGCCUCCCUGUUCGUACUCUUUCCCAGGCAAUCCACAAAGGCCGGUUUUGACGAAACACACUAAAUGUUUCUUACUGGUGCUGGUUCAAAAUGACUUAGUCCAAAUUUGAUUUUAUAUUAUGCUCAGUUCUCAUGCUACAUCUCUAUCACCGUACUUCUCCAGGUCGUGCGGCAGCGGCAGCUACAUCUCCAUCGAUGUUUCGCUCUCCAGUUUCGGCACGUCGCCCUUCCCAUAAUCGAACCCAGAAUUCUGGAGGAUCCAUCGGUCUCUGUCCUUCAUGUAGACCAGGCCAAACGUCGGCAAGAAAAUAAUAGACGUGACCUACAAUCACGCCCAAGAUUUCAUCUUUGGGGAUACUACCGUGCAUGAACAUGUGGAAAGCCAUCAACACCCAAGGUAGGUAAGGCGCCGUGAACACCAACACUCCCAGGAAGCUGAGUCGCGUAUCCGGGUUUCGUCGAGACCAGAUGUAAACUAGCGUACUUGACAGGGCUGAACCGAGGAACGGGAUUGAGGUGGUGAGUGAACU